AUAGCUAUCAAAUACACUAUGUUCACAACCUACUCUCUCAUGAGUUAUUGGCUUCACAAGUCGUUUCUCUCCACUUGCUGGACCGCCUUCUCCAACCCUCUUCCUCGUUCCGUUCCACUUAACUUCCAAUUCAGAAGACACUGCAGAGUGUGGCACGGUAGCUGUUGCAAGAAGAGAAAUAAUCAAGGUGAAAUUAUGGAGCAUGUUGUGUUUGAUGGUGCUGAAGUAAUGGUGGGCGACCCUGAAUUGCUUCAGAGCAAAAUAUCCUCUAUUAGACUCGACGGUCCUUCGAAACUUCAGGUUAUUGCAGAUUUUGAUGCUACACUGACAAAGUAUUGGAUCGAUGGUCAGCGAGGGCAUAGUAGUCAUGGCCUUUUGCAGCAGGGGAAUCCUGAGUAUGAUCUCAAGAGGCAGAAACUAUAUGACUAUUAUCAUCCAUUAGAAAUUGACCCAACAAUUCCACUGGAUGAGAAAGCAAAACUUAUGGAAGAGUGGUGGGAGAAAACACAUGCUCUUCUUAUAGAGGGAGGACUGACCUAUGGUGCUAUAGAGAGCUCUGUGGCUAAAUCAAGGAUCGCAUUCAGAGAGGGUGUGACUGAACUUUUUGAAUUGUUAGAGAGAAGUAAUGUCCCUGUCCUUAUAUUUUCUGCUGGCCUUGCAGAUAUUAUUGAAGAGGUGCUGCGUCAGAAACUUCAUCGAUCCUUUAAGAAUGUUAAAAUUGUAUCUAACAGAAUGGUUUUUGACCAGAAUGGUAACCUUGUUUCAUUUAAAGGGAAAACAAUUCAUGUGUUGAAUAAGAAUGAGCAUGCAAUUGACAUGGCUGGACCUGUUCAUGAUCGGCUGGGCGAUGCCAAUGGAUUGGCUGACGACAGCUCAUCUGUGAAAAUGAGAACUAAUGUGCUACUUCUAGGUGAUCACAUCGGCGAUCUGGGGAUGUCUGAUGGUUUGAACUAUGAUACAAGAAUAUCAGUCGGAUUCUUGAAUGACAACAUUCAGAGUUCUAGCGAUAGCUACCGCAAUGCUUUUGAUGUUGUGUAUAUGAAUGAUGCACCCAUGUGGGGGGUUGUUAAACUUGCUUCUCAGCUUUGUUCAAGUGCAGCUGAUUGAAUUAUACCAGUGACCCUUAUUUCCCAAGUGAAAAAUUACUGCAAAUUAGCUUCCAAGACGAACACCGCGAGUGAGAAUGCUGUGAAUUUUGAUCGGUGUAGUAUUCCUGUGCUGAAGUUAGCUUCAGCGUUAGGAUUAAUACAUGCAUUUAAUUUUUCCCAUUGUUGGAAGAAUGAAGUAUUAUUCUUGUAUGCCUGUGCUCUGAUUCUCCCUGUCCCUUUAGCUCGUAAAAUCAUUUAGAUGCCAUCUUUUCAAGUUGAAAUUGCGUUUACUUUGUCUGCCGGAACAACUUCAAAGAUGGUCCUUUUAUCCUCUCUGCUCAUUUUACUUUUCAGUCAUGAAAUGGAACUAAGAAAUUGUAGAAUAUAUACAUAUGUUUAAAGGAGAGACCAACGGCACUAUCAUGGUUGGUAAAAUAUGGAUGGUUCAUGCACACACACUCACAGACACACAGACACACACAAAAAAAGAAAAAAGACGCACAGACAAGAAAAUUGAAAAGCCGGAACAAUAAGGUGCAUCAUUCAGCAAUACUUCUCAAGAAUUAGUUAGCAGAUAAUAACCACCUAAGCCAUUUAUUAGAUUUCAUGAAUCCUCCACUUAUUUUCUCUCACUAUAUCCCCUAUAGUAAAGUAAAUCAAUCUAAUACCA